CAAAUGAAACUACCAUAAAUCGAAAACAAAUGGAUUGCGAGGACCAGGGUUUGAUUGUCCAGGCUUGGUCGAAGGAGGGUAAGAGAGCUGAUAAGAGUUUUGAUAAGUUGACUGAAGGUCUGGAAGGGAUUUGGAGCUUCUGGAAGAGGAUUUUGAUAAGUGAUUGGAGGCUAGGUCAGGGCUUUACAAUUUCAAUUUGGGUUGGAAGAGGUUGA